AUGGAAGUUAUAAACAAGACCCAAGUGAGCGUGUUUGUGUUUACUGGCCUUAAUAUCAAUGAAGAACUUGCCUCGUUUCUCUUCAUACUCUUCUUACAUGUCUACUUGGUGACUGUAGCGGGAAACAUCGGUAUAAUGGCCAUUGUCCAUAUCAGCUCCAACCUUCACACCCCAAUGUACUUCUUCCUGAGCUACCUCUCUUUGGUGGAUGUUUUCUACUCCUCAGUUAUAACUCCUAAAAUGCUCUCUGAUCUUAUUUCCACGAGGAAGGCCAUCUCAUUUGUCGGGUGUGCCCUUCAGUUUUUCUUCUUUGCUGCCCUGGUAUGUACUGAGGUUCUACUUCUCGCAAACAUGGCUUAUGACAGGUAUGCUGCCAUCUGCCACCCUCUCCACUAUACCUCUAUAAUGACCAAGAACAUAUGUAUGUAUCUGGUUAUCCAGGCUUUCUCCAUCAGCUUCAUGCAGUCAUCUGUGCAGACCAGCUGUGUGUUCAGUCUCCAGUUCUGUGGAUCCAACCUUAUAGACCACUUCUACUGUGACGUCCCUCCACUGCUCCAGCUGUCCUGCUCUGACACCUUCCCCUGUGUCAUAGAAACUGUUUUUUUCGUAGUUUCUUGUGCCAUGGGGUCAUUUAUAAUCAUUCUGAUCUCAUACAUGUACAUCAUUACUUCCAUUCUACGGAUUAAUUCUGCUAAGGGACGACGGAAAGCCUUCAGCACCUGCUCCUCACAUCUCACGUGCGCCACCAUCUUCUACGUGACCAUUUUCUUCACUUACCUGCGCUCUCCCUCCAAUGUCUUAAAGAAACAAGACAAGAUGGCUUCUGUCUUAUAUACAGUAAUGACUCCAAUGCUGAAUCCACUUAUAUACAGCCUGAGAAACCAAGAGGUGAAAAGGGCCAUUAAGCGAGUACUGUAA